AUGCGUCUGGCAGCCGAAUUUCAGACCUCAGGGUACCCGGAUCCAGCCCCGUUCGCAUUUGCCCCUGGCAACAGGCCCGACAUGUUGGAGCAAUGGGAACAUAGUGGUGAUGAGCGGAGCGCGCCGAAGCCAGCCUCGGCGGCUGUGCCAAGUGCGGGUAAGCUCAUGGGCAAAGAUGCAAAGCAGGGCAAGACUUGGAAGAAUGUCACAGACGACGAAGUCGAUGACUACGUGAAGAGGGUCAGUCAUACGAGCUUGCAUCACGUGUGCACAUGCCCGAUGUCAAAGCAUGAGAAGUCUGGAGUCAUAGACCAGAAGCUCCGCGUCUAUGGGUUCAGGAACUUAGGAUCACUGAUGCAAGCCUCUUUCCUCGGGUCUCUACUAGCCACACCAUGA